UCCACGUCUGAGGCCAAUGAGUGCCAUGGGUGCCCUUGAGAGCACUGAAACAAGUCGUUGGCUCCGUCUUACACUACCUCCAUAGGCCGACACGAUGAGUGAGAUUGGUGAUCUGCAUGGUCCCCAGACCGACGACUCGCGCGCCGAGACAUAAAGAACGACUUCGCCUCUUCCACGCGGUCAACGUCUUCCCGGCCACUCACCUGUCGCCCACGCUCGUUGCUCACAUUCGUUUCAACCUCACACUCGAGCCAAGUCCCGAUUUGUGAGACGACAUCUCCCACAAUGGUUCGAAUCUCAGCUUUGGCAUUGGGUAGCCUGGUGGCCCUGACACAAGCCGCCCCAUUGGAGAAGAGACAAGUCACCUGUGCGACUGGAAACGGUCUGUACAUCCUCGUUGCUCGUGGCAGUAACCAGCCCGUGGGCGAGGGCACUGUCGGACCCGUUGCGAACCUUGUGGAAGCACAAGUUGCAGGCUCAUACUCGCAUGCCAUCGACUACCCGGCGACAAUCAUCGCCCUCGACUCCAACUACAUUACGAGCGUGGUUGAUGGGAUCGAGGACACGAAAAAGAGCAUUGAGGAUUAUGUGGCUGCCUGCGGUCCCAACUCACGCAUCGCAUUGAUCGGUUACAGCCAGGGAGGCAAUGUCAUGACCGACACUUUGGCUGGAGGCACCGGGAAGCCAGCUCCAAUUGCUGAGCAGUACAGACAGAACAUUAUCGGCGUGGCAGUCUUUGGCGACCCACGAUUCAACGUUGGUCAACCAUACUCUCGAGGAACAUCGACACGCAGUGGUAUCUUCGCUCGACAGAGCAGUCUGGCAGCGCUUGGCACGUGGGCUAACGUUCUGGUUUCUUACUGUGAUGAGAACGACCCGUUUUGCGCAAGCGGUCUUGACUUGGACGUGCACUCUGCAACUGUCUCGAAGUACGCUCAGCAGGCAGCUGACUUCAUUAUCGGGCUUGCUCAAUAGCUCGAAAUACUAAUUUGAGAAAAACAUGUAGUCAAGCCGAAUGUGUAAUGAACGAUAGUUUACAUAUUUUCACUGACGACCAAAAC